AUGCUGCCCAUGACUGCUUGCAAAGACACCUCGUUGGGAGUUCCAUUCACGUUGUUGGGAUGUAUGACUUACAUGUCAGCAUUGUUCACGAAAAAGUCAAUACUGAAGAAAGAAUUUGAAGCGAUACCUUUUCCCGAAGUGUUCGUUCAAAAGGUUAUGGGAGAAUUCGUUUCUGCACAGUUUGAUCGCGGAGUAAAUGGUCGACAAGCUGCUCGAUUAGCAGUAUCAUCGUUAGAGAAGGACAAACUUGUUGCUCAUCUGCUUGCAUUGGGUCUAACUUUGAGCCCUGCUUGUUCGCUUCCCAUCACUCCGUGGCAAACUGCUUUAAGGACAAGUCCUCGAUUUUUGGAGAAGGUAUGCUCAAUGCUUUAA